AUGGACCUGAUGCCUGGCAAGAGUGACCUUCCACAGAUGGAGGUAGGCAGCGGGAGCCGGGAGCCAUCCCCGAACCCCCGCACCGGAGCCCUGCCACAGCUCGACCAGGACGGCCCAACGGAGGAGGAGGAGGCCCAAAGGUGGGGGAGGGGGGAGGGGGGGUACGACGAGAAAGACUGGGAAUUUGAUGACUGGGAGAAUGACUACGCCUAUCCGAAAGAGGAGCAGCUGAGUGGUGCAGGCUACAGAGUUUCAGCAGCCCUUGAAGAAGCCGACGUGUUUCUGAGAACCUCCAGAGUAAGAGAAGCAGCUCUGGAUGGCGGGUUUCAAAUGCGUUAUGAAAAGACCUCUUCUGAUCAGUUGGCUUUUAUGGAAAAGCUUUUUUCACUUAUGGUUGUCAAUCGUUUGACCGAAGAACUCGGCUGUGAUUAG